AUGUCACGACGAGGUGAUCUUGAUGCUAAAGUAUAUAUUGGUGGCCUGCCACACGAUGCUACAUCACAGGAGAUAGAAGAUACGUUCCACCGCUUUGGUCGUAUUCGUAAAGUAUGGGUUGCUCGUCGUCCUCCUGGUUUUGCAUUUGUCGAAUUCGAGGAUACUAGAGACGCGGAAGAUGCAGUGAAGUCACUUGAUGGAGCGCGUAUUUGUGGAGUACGCGCUCGUGUUGAGCUUUCUCAUGGUCGCGCUCUCGCAGUCGCUCACCCCCACGUCGUGGAGCAUCGCGAUCGCGUUCUCCAGAUGACAGAAGGAGCAUCAGCCGAAGCCGCAGUCGCUCACCAUAAGAAGUUGGGAUUCAAGAUGAUCCAUUGGAGCGAUCUCUUAUCUGAUUUUUCUACUUUGUCUCAUUUUCGUGUACUAUAA